UAUACAAAAUCUCAGCUCAGUUUUGAGCACUCAUUUUUUUCUCUUUAGGGAAGAGAGAGAUCUAGAAGUAAUAAGCUUCCUAGCCAUGAUAAACUCAGAGGGUGGAUUGAGUAGUGAUGAUGCACGAGCAGCGGGAGGUGAAUACCAAGUGUUCUUGAGUUUCAGAGGACCCGACACCCGUCAUGGAUUCACAGACUUCCUUUACCACGACUUGGUAGAUGCUGGAGUUCGUGUAUUCAGGGAUGAAGAUGAUCUUCGCGUCGGCGAAAUGAUUGGUGGGAACCUUCUACGUGCCAUCAACAACUCCCUAAUUUACAUCCCCAUCUUCUCUCGGACGUAUGCCUCUAGUAAAUGGUGCCUCCGUGAGCUUGCACACAUAGUAGACAACGUAUCUAAGUCAGUGGGUAAAAAGAGUAUACUUCCCAUCUUUCUCGACGUGGAACCUGAGGAUGUUAAGCUUAAGACUCGACGGUAUAGGAAAGCCUUUUUGAAGCACGAGAAGGAGUUUCCUAACGAAGUCGAGGCAUGGAAAAGAGCUCUUGCAGAGAUAGAUGAAAUCAAGGGAUGGAACAUGAAAAAGGACCAAGGCCAAGCAGCAAUGGUCAAAUUGGUCGUUGAAAAGGUUUUGGAAAAGUUGGAGGUAAAACAAAAAUCAGUGCCUGGACAUUUAGUUAGUCUUGAUGAUCAGAUAAAAGAAUUGAAAAUGUUAUUAGAUGUCGACCAGCCUGAUGUGCGACUUAUUGGAAUUUAUGGAAUGGGUGGUAUCGGUAAAACAACUGUUGCCAAGAUUAUCUUCAAUCAACUAUCUUCCCAAUUUGGAAAGUGUUGUAGCUUCCUUGAGGACAUUCGAGAAAGCUCAUUAACCAAGGAGGGCAUGGUCCAAUUGCAGAAGAAAUUACUAUCCGACAUUGUUGGUUCUAGAUCUGCAGAAAAAUUUGAGGAUAUUGAACAAGGAAUGCGGAGGAUUGGAGAAACACUCCACACUAAGGUCUUAGUGGUUUUGGAUGAUGUUGAUAAUAAAGAGCACAUUAAGAAACUAAUAGGAAAUAAUUCUUUACAUUCAGGAUCUAGAAUAAUCAUUACAACAAGAAACACGGCGAUUUUGCAAGUUGAGGGAUUUAAAGGUGAAAUUCUACAAUAUGAGAUACUAAAGAUGGAUUAUGGUCCUGCACUUCAGCUUUUUUGCCGGCAUGCCUUUGGUAGAGACUCUACUUCUGAUGAUUAUCAUGGGCUUUCAAAUGAAAUUGUCACAAGUACAGGAGGGCUUCCUUUGGCCAUUGAAGUGAUAGGUUCAUUGCUUAAUGGGAAAAACAAAGCAUUUUGGGAAGAGACAUCGAUCAGGUUAAGAAGUGUACCGGAGAAAGAGAUUCUAAAGAAGCUUAGAAUUAGCUAUGAUGACCUAGACGAAUAUCAACAACAAAUUUUUCUUGAUAUAGCAUGCUUCUUUUUUAAUGAGAAUAAGACCAAUGCAAUUUACAUGUGGGCUGAUUGUCAAUUUUACCCUGAAAGAGCAAUUGAUGUCCUUACCUGCAGAUGCUUGAUAAAAAUAUUAGACAAUGAUAAGUUUUGGAUGCAUGGUCAACUAAUAGACUUGGGAAGGCACAUUGUUCGUCAAGAAAGUCUAAGUGACCUUGGAAAGCGGAGCAGGUUAUGGAUUGCAAAAGAGGCCUAUGAUAUCAUAAGAAGUGAAGAGAGGAAGGACAAGGUUCAAGCACUUGAGAUAGAUGGACUAGAAGAUUACAUAGAGAUUACAAAUGAACAGUUUGAAAGGUUACAAAGCCUAAGAUUCCUCAAGUUAGGCUUUGGAACUUUUGUUGGGGAUUUUGCAAGUUGCCAUUCAAAGUUGAGAUGGAUUUCUUGGUAUUCUCCUCAUGAUGAUUUUAGGGCGGACAAUAUGUAUUUCGAUCAUCUUCUUGUUUUCAAACUUGAAGAUAAUAGCGUCACAGAUGAUUCGAAAGCUUGGGACUUGAUCAAGAGAGCACGAAAUUUGAAAGUUCUAUCUCUUACGUGGUGUUUAGGCAUAACGACAAUCCCAGACUUCUCUAAAUGCUUGGGUUUAGAGAGUUUGACUCUUGCACAUUGUUACAACCUGAAGAGAAUUGAAAGCUUCAUUAGAGACCUACAAUCAUUGAUUGUAUUAGAGAUUGAAGGGUGCAUGGAUCUUAUAGACUUGCCUAAAGAAGUGGGGUCACUAGUGAAGCUCAAACGCUUCUCAUUGGAGGGAUGCUUUGGUUUGAGAGAACUUCCAGUCUCGCUUGGGAAUUUAACCUCAUUGAUAGAAUUAAACUUAUCGCAUACAACCAUUGCUAGAAUUCCAAACUCCAUCCAAAGACUAGUGAAACUUGAGUCUUUUCUUUUAACACACACGAGAAUAAGGGAACUUCCCAACUUCAUUGGAGAGUUAAAAUCAUUACGCAUACUACAUUUAUCAAGAAAAGGAUCAUAUUCUAUGAUGAAUCAUGUUUGGCAGUUACCUAGUGGCAUCAUUAUGUUGAAAAAUCUUGAAGAGCUAGAUCUCUCAGGGCGUUCUGAAAUGAAAGGUGAAAUUCCUAUUGGAAUUGGAGAGUUGUCAUCUUUAAGACUCCUAGAUUUAAAGCACACCUAUAUUUGCGGAAUUCCAAGGACAAUCAACAAGCUUUGUCACCUCCAAACACUAGACUUAAGAGGUUGUCAUAAGAUUCAAAUAUUGCCAGAGCUUCCCACAAGUUUGACCUGUCUACUUCUUGAAUCUCAAUCAUUGCUCUCGGUCCCUAAUAUGUUGAACCUUACUAAUUUGGUUGAACUACUAAUAAGUGAUGGCUCAGACGAUAUAGGUAAAUCAAACCUAAUCAUUAAAUGCGACUUAAGGUGGAUUGGAAGGAUAUCUAGACUAAAAAAGUUACAUUUACAUUUGUUCAACGUCCUUGCACCUCCAGAGUUGGCUUCUCUUUCUAAUUUGGAAGAGCUUACUUUGUCUCGUCUAGACCUAGAAAAGCUUGUGCACCUUCCACCAUCUCUACUAAGAUUGAAUUUACCAUUCUUCAGCAUCAAGUGGGCAGAGUUGCUUCACUCCUACUUGAGAUUGAGAAAUUUGUCAAAUUUAGAGUUCCAUCGUGGUGAAGUGGAAGACAUUCCACUCGAUGGACUUCCACGACUAGAGAGCUUAACUAUUGAUGGUUGUAAACUGCUUCAGAGAUUAUCCAUUCCUUUGGAAUUGAGGAUGCUACGACAAACGUAUGUGUCAGAUUGUCCAAAGCUACUUGAGAUACAAGUUGAGGGUCUUUCAAAAUCAUUGGAAUCUUUUUGCACCACGGGGUGCAAAUCUCUUAGAAGAAUAGGUGGAUUAUCAUACUUGAAGAACUUGGAGGAAUUGGUAAUCCAGCGUUGCAAUGCACUUACUACCAUUGAGGGCCUUCACGAGCUAGAGUCUCUGAAAUCCUUGUAUGUUAGAGGAUGCACCUCAUUGAGAAAGUUGAUUGAUGCAUCUUGCACAAGUAUACCGGAUGAUUGCCUUGUCCAAAUACAGGGCUGUGGAGACCUCAUCAAGGAUUCUAGUCAGAGCUACCCAUUUGGAAUCUCUUGGAAGCGUUACAGAGAGGAGAUUCUUCUAAAUACAUCAAACAAGAAAGGAUAAUAUAUUGAUAAAAGCGUCACGUGGGAAAGAAAGAGCAACCCUGAGCAAGGGCAUCUUUACAGAGGAUAUCGAGCAUGACUUGGGGAGGGGAAACAAACCAAGCGGAAGAAAGGGAUCCUCGGCCGUGGGCCUUUGCUGCCCAAUCGGCUAGGGCAUUAGCCUCCCGACGGCAGUGCUGUAGAUGGAGAUGAGAGAAGCGUCGAAGGAGAUCGAAGCAUUCGGCGAAGAGGGCGCGGCACUCCCACGGCGGCAGGUGGCACCGAUUUAGGGUUUCAACGAGGACGAUGCUGUCGAACUCCACAACCAGGUGAGAAUCUGUUAACUCCUGCUGAAUCAAAUCAUCGAGAGAAAAAAUUAACGCCUGGAUCUCGGUCUCGAGAGCAAAGGAGGCAGAGACAAAGCGUGUGAUUCCUCCAAGCAAUCUACCCGAGUGGUCGCGGGCAAUACUAGCGAUCGAGCCUCUGUGAGUCGCCGUGGGGAAGGAGCCGUCCAGAUUAAUCUUCAACGUGCCCUGCCGGGGGGGGGGGUUGCCAAGACCAAUUAGGGCUCAGCCAAGAGGAAUGGCCCUUGAAAUCCUUGAGAUGGACUCGUUUCUGGAGAGAGGCUAGAGCAAAAGCAGAGUCAACAAUGUUAUCUGGGGACAUUCGAAAGCAGCUAAAGACGAAAUGGUUCCGCGCCUUCCAGAUUUCCCAAAGAAGGCUCGCAACCUGCUCAAAAUCUGGGUUUGGAAGCUUGGGGAUUAGCGAGAUGGAGGUCCUGUUUAUGUCUGCGGGCAGCACUCCUGAACUGAAGAAGGUGUGAACCAUACUAUAAACGUCCUUCUGAAUGAUAUCCCAGUGGUGGUGGUAGAAGAGGCCAUUCAAGCUGUCGGGACCCGGGGCAUUGGUUGCGCCCAGCUGAAAGGUAGCCUGUUUUACCUCGUCCCGUGUUGGUUGGUGCAUUGCUGAAGCUGUUGCUGAAGGAGAUCAAGUUGACGAUUGCCCGCUUUGAAUUUAUGGCUACUCCACCGCGACAAGACCGCCGAGGUAGCCCGGAGCU